AUGUCCAAAGUAAAUAAAAAAUCACCUUAUGAUCCCGAACUUGAGCAAGUCCUAGAGAAAAUGAGACAUGCAGGAUCAAUUGUUAGUUGUACACUCAGCAACGUACCAACGUUUCGAAAAACUCUAUUGACAACUAGGCUUACCGAUGAACAGUUGCAUCGAAAUGGAGCAAUUGAUAGUGCAGAGCGUAAAGUACCUGGUCCUGAAGGUGCACCUGAAAUCACUCUUUUGAUAUGCCGUCCUGGUGCAUUGAAAAUUAAUAAAUCCAAUGUGUCAUUACCGUGCAUCUAUUUUAUACAUGGUGGUGGAAUGAUUGCAGGAGAUAAUCGUUUUUCUCUACAAUCUUUGCUUGAUUGGAUUGUAGAACUCAACAUUAUUAUUGUAUCGGUUAAAUAUCGUCUUGCACCCGAAUAUCCUCAUCCGGCUCCUUCAGAAGAUUGCUAUGCUGGAUUAUUAUGGACAGCUUUACAUGCACAAGACUUGGGCAUUGACGUUUUCCAACUUAGUGUAGCGGGUACUUCUGCAGGAGGAGGUCUUGCAGCUGCUAUGACAUUAAUGGCACGUGAUCAUGGUGGACCUACAUUACAAGGUCAGCUACUCUUCAGUCCUAUGCUUGAUGAUCGUGAUCAGACAUUUUCGACUCAUCAGUUCGAAGGUAUGGGCAUAUGGGAUCGACAAUCGAAUCUGUGUGGUUGGACAGCAUUACUUGGUGAUCAAAAAGGCAGUCCAGAUGUUUCUCCAUAUGCUGCUCCAUCGCGUGCACAAGAUCUCAGUAACUUACCUCCAGCUUUUAUUGAUGUUGGUUCUGCAGAAACUUUUCGUGAUGAAGAUAUCGACUAUGCUCAACGUAUAUGUCAAGCUGGUGGUACUGUCGAACUACACGUAUGGUCUGGCGGUUUUCACGGCUUCGUUGGUGUAGCACCACAUGCUGUAUUAUCAAAACAAGCUAAUGAAACAAGUAAAAAUUGGUAUCGUCGACUUUUGGCUUCUCAUAAAAAAUAG